AUGGAAAACGUAAAAGCAAUAUGGAAUCGAUACAAAAUGGUCACCCAAGGAGAUGUAAGAAAAAGCCCUUUGUAACCAUUUACAAUGGAUUAAUGUCUGUUUGUCAGUUUUUCUAUCGUAUUUUAGGACGGGGGUGAUAAAAAAGAUGAUGAUGAUGAUGAUGAUAUUGAUAAAAUUGAAAUUGAUUUGACAUGACUCGAUACGUUUAUAACCAUUCUCCUGUACUUGCAUAAUUCCGUUUCUGUGCCAAGUGUCCUGCAACUGUGUCACUGAAAGCCAGGAACAUUUGCAAGCUUAUCUCGUUUUUCAUAAAACCGAAAAAGGAAUAUAUAUGCAAUCAUAAGUCUAAAAUAUAUGUGGAUAUAAAGCUAAGCGAUGCUUUUGACGUUUUCCAAGAGCACGUACUAUGGAAUAUACCCUGGCGGCGGAGCAUGUACCUUAGAUCCGCCAUCACCGAUGAACAGUCAGCCCGGAUGGAUCAUGGUGGCAGCUGGACAAUAUGACUACCAGAAGUCCGUUGGGUGUGGCAUGUGCAUCGAAAUCACAGCCAACGGAGAGCAAACGAACCCUGAAACUGGCGGGCCCACGCCUAUGAAAGGCACCUACAAGGCUUAUAUUGUAGAUCUAUGUGGAGGCUGUAAUCAAGGUUUGUUUAUCUCCUGUAUGAAGCAAUAUCCAAAGUAGCAAUCAUUACAUACUUCGAAAUUCUAUUCUAUAAGGGAUUUCAUUCAUCCAUUCGAACAGAAUGAGGCGAGAGCGGGCUAUCCUACAUCAAAUCCAAGAGAAUUACCUUGACAUUAUGCUCAAAUGCAUGUCCAAAAACUGUGCUAAGUAAAUUCCGUUUUGUUGUCUCCGGCUCUAGCAUAUACUAUUUCAAGGGCAUAAACUGGAAGGCGUAGGCUUCGGAACUACUUUAAUUUUACUUCGUAGGGCACGAUCUACUUAUAUCCCUAUAAAAAAACUUGUGUCUUUUCUUCCAGCCGGUUUUGAUUUAUAUAUUAGCGGUUAUGGCAAAUACAAGACCUCUUUUAAAGCAGUUUCAUGCCCCAGUGUACCUGGUCAAGAGGGGAAUAUUCAAUUCCGUUUCUCUGGUAGCAAUACUUGGGCCAUUAAACUACAGGCUCGAAAUUCCAAGUGAGUCACGUAAUCAAUAAUUUUAAUGUCGGGUAAUGUUGUAAGGAGGGAGCCACACAAACGGUUGGCAGGGGCAUAACCGGACUCUAAGAUAAGUGGGGGACGGUCUCAAAAAAUAUUUUUUUCGUCCCUUUGGGCCUCAGUUUGGUCUAAAAAUAAGGAGGGGGGUGCCGACCCCCCCUGGGCCCCUCCCCUGGAUCCGCCAGUGUCAUGUUCAUAUUAUUUUCAAACAAGUCUUUUUGCAUUGUUCAUGGCCCUAAUCAAGAGCCUAUAUGGGCUCCUGCCCUAAUGUUUCCUUGCUCUAAAGGGUGGUGACGGUGGGCAUGGAGAUCGAGCACAACAGCAAAUGGGUUUGUAUGGAGAAGACAGGUGAUAAUUACCCGACAUAGUAAAUCGAACGUUCGAAAAUCGAACUCAAUCGAACUCAAUCGAACUCAAUCCGUGGAUUGAGUUCGAUUGAGUUCGGCAAUCGAACGAAAUCGAACACCACACUUUCAGUGAGUUUGAUUUCCGAACAAAUCGAAUUCAAUCGAACAAAUCGAACAAAUCGAACUCAAUCGAACUCAAUCCGUCUGAUUGUGUUCGAUUGAGUUCGGAAACCGAACUCAAUCGAACACAAUUAAAUGGAUUUCGUUCAAUUGGCUCUGGUGAGCCUAUACAAAGCAAGCCCAAAGCAAGCCCGUCAAAGCAAGUUUUUCUUGCACUUUUUUUACUAUUUAUUCAAUAACACAAACCCCAUUUAUAAACUGUCCACGGCAGUUAAGAGAACAGAACAGAAAAAACCCUGAAAACUUCGCCAUCCUUGACGUCAAAGCGGCAUUCCUGGUAGCCUUUGACUAUACAUUUGAAGCUUACGAUCCACAACGCAUCUGAAGCCAUUUCUGCGGAAUUUCUUCGUUUACGAAAAACACGUGCGCUACACUCAGGGCUGAAGUAACUCGAGUUUCUAAGAUCUGGUAAUGGAUUUUCAACGUCUGUUUUACAUAAAUCACGAGUUCGAAAAUCAAACGUUCGAUUGGGUUCGAUUGAUUUUUUUUCUUUUCGGUGAGUUCGAUUUCGUUCGAUUGCCGAACUCAAUCGAACUCAAUCCACCGAUUCAGUUCGAUUGAGUUCGAUUGAGUUCGAUUGAAAUUUAGUUCGAUUGGGUUCGAUUUACUAUGCCGGGUAAUUACUAUUUCAUUAACGGAGUGGGAGAGAUGCAGUUCCCAAAAAGAUUCCGAUUAACGAGCAUCAGUGGGGAGCAAUUAGUAAGCACAGUUCCUGGCAUUAAGAACGAUGAGAACAUCCCAACAGACAUUCAAUACUCCGAUUUCAAUCCAAGUAAAAGAUAUUCCAACUGCUUUAACUAAAUUUUGGCAAAUACAGCCAACUCUCUUUCAACGGACUUCUCUAUAAGACGGACUCCUCCGACACCUAGAAUUCGUCCCUGCCUUUCUUUUCUUCACUCCCUUAGUUUGACUCUCUCUAUAUAUGCAAUAUUUUGAUCCCCAUCUGGUUGUGGAUAUGAGUGGCUCAUUUCACUCGCUAGAAAAGAACAUUGGUGUUGCAUUCUCUUACUAGUUUAUAUUGCUUAAUUUCUUUGUAUGGAAUGUUUUAAUUAUUUAGAAAGCUGCCCGCUCAUCUGAUUACUUCUGAUAUCUAUUUUCCUGCAAUAUUAAUAGUGGAGGUAUUUUUCAUAUUUUUUGUCAUUGUCAUUGUUGUUUGUUUGUUUGUUUGUUUUUUUUUUUGUUAAUAACUUACUUGGCUUUUAAUUGUUUGAUGAAUUUGAACUUGCUGUCGGAAACUGAAUGACCCUGAAUCGCCAUAUGUUCUCUCAUUAUCAGACAGUAAUCCUGAAAACAUCAAAUGCUUUGGACAAGGAGAAAGCGCAGGACAAUGUGAGUACCGUGCAUCAAUCAUGUUAUUAGAAUUAAUUAGAUUAGGUUGUGGGUGCUUUGUUUUGCCAUAACGUUUAAAUUUAUCAGCUUCAAUCAUUUUAUUGCCAUUUAUUUACUCGCGAAAAAUUGCCAAUUUAUUUUUGCCUACUUUUCAUGUUUCACACGAAUUGGUCCUAAUACUGGUCCAGGUCCCACGGCGGGAACUAUAUAUUUCCGAGCAAGAGACUAUAAAGGGACGGAGAGUAAAUCUAAACCCAUUGCAAUCCCUAGAUAAAACAGUAUUUUUAGAUCUUCUCCAAUAUCCAGUGUUCCCAAGAAGACUGAGUGAUAGUCAAUCGCAUGUCAUCAAUUCUAUCGAUGUUGACAGCUGAGCGACUUUCCAUGCAAUGCUGCACGCCUUUCGCGAAUCAAACAUUAUGGACGAAUGUGACUUCAAGAAAGUCGGUAGCAAGAAAACGCAGAUCGAAGGCAGGCCUGUGAAAAGCCAUUAUAGGGAGCCUUAAUAGCUUGUUCUAUUCUAUUCAUUUUGUUUUACCCUUUGUGGUCUCUUGUUCCAAGCCAUCAUCAGCUGGCUUAUUAUACUGACAAAUUGACAGCGCAGGGCCAUCUACACACCCUUACAACGGCAAUUCGAGCUCUCCUCCUCCACAACCUGCAGGGGGUAGGCUACUGCCAUUCCUAAUCAAAUGAUCCCUUUCAGCUCCUCUUCUUUGUUGCCCUAGAUCAGUACGGUUUAUGAAAAGAAAAUUGCCUUGAGAAUGUCCAGGAGUCGAUUAUGGUUAGUCGGCUAAUGGAAUGUCGUAUUAUCCUAAAUGAAGAAUCAAACGACCCAGAGUAAGCCCCCGUUUAUGUGGAUCGCGCUCCAGUAAGAGAAAUGUUGACCCCUUUGGCCCGAGCCUACAGCGCUCGCGCAUGCUGUGAUAUUAGGGACUUAAAGAUCCAACGACGCGACGGUGACAAGAACGUCGCUUAAAAAGUGAAUUUGCGUUCUUUCAGUCUUUAUAGCGAUUAUUCCUACCCACUUACUUUGUCAAUUGUAAACGAACCCUCCUGUAGCUGAAUUUCAAGGGACCAUAGCCAAGCCCAGAAAGAGAAAUAAAAUUUCGUCGUUGCUUGUGUACGUCCUCCAUAAAACAAGAAAUCAGGCAUUUUCACGUCGUAGUCGUGCAAAAACGGGAAAGAAAUGUACAAAAUAGUGUGAUGCACGUGCGAAGUUGUUGUUUUGCCUAUUAAACCUAUUGUUGUUUUUUUGACGUUCUCGUUGUCGUCCGCGUCGUUGGAUCUUAAAGUCCCUAUUCUUUGACGCGUUGACCUGGCUGUGAAAGCCAAAGUAUUUAUUUGGAGAAAAGUUGGCCCAUCAGCCAGGACGGUGUCCCUAAAAUAGAAAAAGAGUGACUCGGCUAAGCGAGUAACCCUUCUUGCCUUUUCUCGUAUAAAAGGUUUGCCAAAUUUUACAAGGAAACGUAAGAAACGUUGACCCGCCUAGGGUAGCUCGGGUAGGCGAGUGACAGUUAAGUUCUCUGUAUAAACGGGGCAUUAAAAGUUCCAUGUAGUCUUUUGUGGCUUAAUGAUCACUAGACGAAGACAUCAUUUAAUGUGAAUUCUGCAUCUUACAUAAAAUACACAACAUUUUGACUGAUCUUUUUCAGAUGACAAGAACUUUUGCAAUGGGAAAGCCACGGGGUUUUACGCUGAUCCAAAGGACUGUGAAAGCUUCUACUAAUGUGCAAGCGGGAUAACAUACUGGAAGCAUUGUGCCAAGGGACUUCACUUUAACCCUAAAAUCCAAAACUGUGAUAAUCCAGAAAAUGCUAAUUGCAACAUUCAGAUAGUGUGAGAAGGCAAGAAAACUAAGAAAGAUUAUGUAUUAAUUUAUGGCUGACAAGCUAUCACGAACAAUUUUCGGCGGGGUAAGACUAAUUUUUAGAUGUGCCAUUUUUCCAAAUUUUGGCUGACAACGGAGAAAUGAAUAACGACUAAGUUUAACUCUCAAAAGAAACCAAGGGUCGAGGAAGCCUCCCCCCCCGGCCUCCAUCGACUGUCAUAGGCUAUGGUGAAUAGGAACUGAUCACGAGAUUCAAUAAAAGAAAGCAAGCGCAUCUUUUUGGGCAUGAUACGUGUUUUUGCAGUGCUAAAAUUUUCUCAGGAUUAAAGCUCUUGCUAAAGUUGACUCGUUUGGAUGGGUGACCCUCUUUUCAGGGAAAACUUUUCUCCAUACAAACUAGGCUUAAACCUUAGGCCAAGGCCAAUUAACGUCGUACUUUUGUUUUUGAUCAUACUUCGAACUAAUGCACCUAUCAAUGUAAACCCCGUGGGGAGGCGGGCAAGGGGUGGGGAUUUGACAAAUUUUGAAAUUUUUUCAUCAAAUUCCCCAGGGUGGGAAAGGAAAGGUCAAUCAAAAGUGUCAAAAAAGCCCCCACCCCAGGGGAAAAAAUUUAAAUAAACAAUACUGUAAUACUAUAUAAAACGAAUAAAAGCACAUUCCAAAAGUACGUUCUUACUACUUUUAUUUAAUAAAGGUUAACGUAAGCUCCGUUAAAUUACUCGCUGUAAUUAAGUAUUUUCUCUCUCCACUAGCAUCUCUUAUUUUGAACAACAAAAUCCCUCCAGAAAGAUUGACCGUGCUAUUAUAAUAUUAAUGAAGUGUUCAAUGCUUUAUAACAUCUGCUCAACAUGUCGGAACAGGUCGGAUCAGUGACCCGAAAAAAAUCCUCUGACUUUCAAGGUGGAAUUCGAUUUCAAUCGAGUUUCACAAAAAACUUUCACAAAAUAGCCAUUAUCUGUUUAGAUGACAGUUUAAAGUAUGGGAUUAUGGCGAUUAAAACAAAUGAAAGCUUCACACCUUUCUCCAACAGCGUGACUUUCAGAAAGCCUCGAGGGACAGACUUGGUAACCGCUUCUGAAUUGAUUACAGGCUUCUGUCGGUCAAAGUCAAUUGUUAUAUUCCUAGACUUUCACUCAACUAAACAGGGACUGCCAUUGGUUGAUUCUUGGUCACGUGACCUUGACUAAAAUCAAAUGUAUCCCAAUCGUGAUACAUUAAACAAUGUAUCCCGCUCGGGAUACAUUGCAGCACGUGAUCAAAGCAUGGUGGAAAGUGGCGUGACAGAAGGCGGGAAAAACACCGCCAGGUCCAGCCAGUUUCUUUUUCGUGAAGGAACACAACAACACAAAAACGAAGCCUCAAGCUAAAAAGCAACGAUUUUUAAAGUUAUCCCAGAAGUUCCCAGAAGAAAAACAGCAGCUAGUGGAGGAAAAAGAUGCAGAUAAUAUGAGGAAAGUACUUUUGUUUCUAAAUCAUUCAUUCAGUGGUUUUGAGAAUUAAAUUUGUGUUGUUAUAAGCACCGAGUCGACUGUUUUGGUUCGCUCCGGUUAUUCUUUUGUUGCUGUUGAAGUGAAAGUCUAGAAAAAUAACAAAAUACUUAAUGUCAGGUCCCUCGGGAAACCAGUUAGUUUUGUUUUCCCUCGAGUCCUGAUGUUUCCCUCGACUUCGUCUCGGGAAACAUCAGGACUCUCGGGAAAACAAAACUAACUGUUUCCCUUGGGAUCUGACAUUAAGUGUAUAAUGUCCCGACCCCGUGGUCGCUUCACACGAUCAAAAGCCCGACAAAGGGGAUAGUCUCAGGCAUCAAAUCCCCGCCCCUUGCCAGCACUCCCCCCUCACGGGAUUUACAUUGAUAGGUGCAUAAUGAAGCAUCAAACCAAUCAGACUUCAUCAUCUAGAACAGACGGAUAGAAAGUGUUGGUCGAUCCAAACGUAACUGUCAUUCGGGCGAACUUAACUGAGACAGACGUCGAACUUUUCAUAAACUUAAUCCACCCAGUUUGGUUCGUCCCAUGCAAAAAUCGACGUUUGGCUUUGGCCAUUCUUAAAAUGCCGUUGUUGUUGAGAAAGGAAAUAUUUAAAAAAAUUCUAGCUUCUAGACUACAGCUGAUCAAUCUAUACUUAUAAACAGUUCGAUUGUGUUUCCUUGUUCUUCUUUGAAGCCUUUGACUGCUAAUUUAAAAAAUCCGUAUUUUUUAGCCAUAUUUUCCAAACUCAACGUGUUAUACUGCUACCCGUAAUUUUCUAGUACCAAAGAACGACCAAGCAAGAACCUUAAUCUCCCUCCUUUUGGUCUGCAAAUCACUCUGUAUGGUACGAAUUAAGCAAUGCGCUCCAGCCUACGUUCAAAAUCAAGAUCUGUGGCCUAUCAUUUGAAUGCGAUCACUCGCGCACUAUCCAAUUUCUCUUGCGCUGUGCCAAGUGUCGUGUACUUUCUGAUUUUAAAAAUUCUGGAAGUCUGGCUCAGCUGAAAGGAAAAAAUAAAUAGGAAGACCAGUUAAAUUGUAGUAAGUGGCUGGUGGGUAAAUACAAGCUCAGAAGCUCACAGCUGCCAAGGUGAUUUCUAACAAUCAAUUCACCUGUUUGAAGGUGGACAUGAAGUUGAAAAAUAGUCAUUUAAAAGGUGUUUUCGAGUUUUCAAUUACAAAGUUUGGCUAUUUAAAU